AGCUUGCUUGACAUGCUUGGGAGUAGCGUGGCAGCUUGAACUCUGCUCAGACCACAUAGACUUCCAGUCAUCCUCUGUCAGAGCGCUGGUGCUCCUCAAGAAUGGCGUCAAAGUCCAAAGGCGCAUCCUCCACGUAGCCCGCCGAAGAUGAGGGGCCGUGCCACAGAGAUGCUGGCGUGGGCGGCUACCUUGCUAACUCUAUGCACGUGGAUACGGGCCAACAUUUCCCCAGGACAGCGCACGUGCCCUGUGGGUCCCCGCAGUCAGGUGGACUUCUCAGUCAAGUACACACUGCCGCAUUUCCAAACGGAGCAUCCCAUACAGAACGUGGAGGCCAACCCGUUCUCCUCAGAGGUGUAUGUCGCCUCACGGAACGUAGUGGAGGCGGUGGAUGACAAGAUGAGCAGAGUGUGGGAGGUGAAAACAGGGCCGGUGGGGAAUCCGGAGUGUAAAACCUGCCACAUUUGCAACAUUGAAGUAGAACCUAGUGACCCGGUGGAUACAGACAAUGAGGUGCUGGUCUUGGAUGCUGCGUUCUCAUUCCUGUCCUACCUGUACGUCUGCGGCAGUACCCAACACGGCAUCUGUUUCUUCAUCGACAUCGAGGUCAUGCCGCCAGAACCUAAGUGUUUAUACAAAGAAAACCAAAACUCCCCCUCUUACUGCCCAGACUGUCUAGCCAGUCCUCUGGGCACCAAGGUCACCAUUGUAGAACAGGCAGCCACGUCAUACUUCUUCGUGGCGGCCACUGUUAAUGACAAAGUGAUGCAGAAGUUCCCCCGGAGGUCGAUGUCUGUAGUCAGGCCGCUCUCUACCGAAGAUGGAUUCCAAAUGGUGAUGGAGGGCCUGACAGUGCUGCCCCACCUGAGGGACUCGUACAGCAUUGAUUACAUCUACAGCUUCUCCACCCGGGAUUUUGUCUACUUCCUAUCGCUGCAGAGGGAGAACCCCUCCAAGGACGAUUCAGCCUUUCAGACCCGAUUAGGACGGCUGCCUGUGGGGACUCACGAGGUGUGGACGUACCGCGAGCUGGUGCUGGAGUGCAGGUACGAGCCCAAAAGGCGACGAAGGGAGCCGUACAGGGAUAUCGUGUACAACGGACUCAUGGCGGCCCACUUUGGCCAUGCGGGGAAGGAUCUGGCUCUGGAGCUGAGGGUGGACGAGACAGAGGACAUCCUCUAUGGUGUGUUUGCUGAGGUGACUGUGAGGGGAGAACCCCAAAAGAACUCGGCCCUGUGUGCCUUUUCCUUGAGCGACGUCAACAGCAAAAUUGACAGAGGUGUCGAGGACUGCUGCAGGUCUGGACCGGAACAGUUGUCCAGAGGACUGUGUCAUUUUCAGAUGUGUGAGAACUGCCCGCAUGAGUCGGGCAACGCCACAUGCACAGACAAACCCACGCUGGUGUCCAAACCGUAUUACAGAAUAGACCUCUUCAACCGUCAGAUGAGGAAUGUCCUCUUCACGUCUAUCCUAGUGACCAUUAGUGGGAGACAAACUCUGGGGCACUUUGGGACUUCGGAUGGACGAAUUCUCCAGGUCAUUCUUACAAUUGACACACCCUUCGUUUUUGCCAACUAUUCUCUUGGAGGGAUGCCAAUAUCUAGGACGGCAACUCUCUUCAAUGAUGAUUCGCUUCUUUUCGUGGCUGGAAAUCAGUUGUUUAGGGUGCCGACCAUUGGUCCGGGCUGUGCGCAUUUUGUGACGUGCUCCAUGUGUUUAAUGUCUCCGCGCUUCAUGAACUGCGGAUGGUGCUCGGGAAUGUGCUCCAGGCAGGAUGAGUGCGCCUCGCAGUGGAAUAAACAUUCUUGUUCGCCAGUCAUAACAGAGUUUUUCCCCAAAACGGCACCUGCUGGCGGCGAGACCGAACUGAUGCUCUGCGGGAGAGAGUUUCAAUCUCCUCAGAGACCGCCAAUCAGCAAUGGUGUCACCCACACAGUUACUGUGGGCUCAGGGACCCUGUGUACUGUCCUGCCUGACAAAAGCAGAAACCAAGUGCUCGUAUGCAAGCUGAAGGAGAAAGUGCCAAAGGACAAUCUGACAAUCACUCUGGAAGUGCACGAGGGGAACACGAGGGGCGAGUACUCCAUCGAAGGCACAGCUCGGGUGUCAGGCUUCUCUGUUGUGGAACCCAGCAUAACACAAAUCAGACCCGAGCAUGGCCCAGUUUUUGGCGGCACGCUUGUCACACUGACGGGCCACAACCUUGACACUGGAAUGCAAAGGGAAGUCUUCAUUGCAGACAAAAAGUGUCACUUUCAAGGUGUUCCUCCGGAAGGAAGUGGCACAUUGGCUUCAAUUGUGUGCCUCACCGAGGCUGCGGCAAAUGUUGGGAGUGUUCCCGUUAAAGUGGUCAUCGACCACUUGGAGGUCACCACCACUCAGACAUUCGUCUACAAGGAAAACCCAGUUAUCACGUCUGUGUCUCCUCAUUGCAGCUUCAGCAGUGGCUCCAAGUUAGAGAUCAGGGGGCAGAAUCUUGACUCUGCACACAAAACUGUGCUUCAAUACAUUUCCAAAAGCUCAUCAGGGGAACCUCACAUACUGGAAUGUAACGGUACAGGGAACACUACCCACAAGACUUGCCAGGCCCCUACUUUUCCAUCCGACGUGUUGGAAGACAGGUCAUAUGUCGGGGAGCUGUUCAUUCACAUGGACGGCAAGAAAAACAUCUGGAGCGAACGUUUUGACUACCACCCCGACGCCAAAGUCAUCCCAUUUGAAAACGAAGACAACGUUUUGCUUCUCAAACCAGGAGAGACUGAAGUUUCGCUGCACCAUCACAAACUGAACACGGUGAACAAGUGCAUGAAGAUCACCAUGAAAAUCGGGGACAUGGACUGUAACGCCCAGGUUCUGUCAAAUGAGCUGACCUGCAGGAUUCCUAAAAACCAAGUGAUCCCCAGCGAGGGAUUGCCUGUCAGGGUCUGUGUGAACGGCAAACGCCACGACGUGGGCACCGUCCUCUAUGAGGACGACAAUUACGACUCAGUCAUCGCAGCCAUCGUGCUGGGUGUGAUUUUCGCCUCAGUGGCAGGUGCCGGAAUCGCGCUCGUCGUGAUGAUUCAUUUGAGAAAAAAGAAGCGAGCCAUCAUUGAGAAUCGUUUAACCACCAGGCUUUCGAUGAAUCGCAUGGUCAGCCACGCUGAAAUGUCCCCGACGGGUGACUACAGGCAGGAUUCCGGCCAAACGUCCGCUUCAGGAGGAAUGGCCUUCCAAGGUCUGCUGUACGCGGCAAGCUACGAUCACCUUGCUGUUCCGCUGAUUCCGCGGGGCAGCGUCUCAAUGAUCAGCCUCAGCUCUGACCUGCUCGAAGAGGUCAAGGAUGUCCUUAUCCCCGCCGAGAUGCUCAGAAUUGAAGAUAGCCAGAGCAUUGGCAAAGGUCACUUUGGGACUGUUUAUCAUGGAUAUCUGAACGACAGUCAUAAGCAAGAGAUCCACUGUGCUGUUAAAUCACUGAAUCGAAUCACCGAUCUAAAAGAAGUGGACCAAUUCCUGAGAGAGGGAAUCAUUAUGAAGGGCUUCGACCAUCCCAACAUUCUGUCUUUGCUCGGCAUCAUGCUGCCCAAAGAAGGGCUCCCCCUGGUGGUGUUGCCAUACAUGAAGCAUGGCGACGUCCGGCAUUUUAUCCGCUCGCCACAGAGGAAUCCAACAGUAAAAGACCUCAUAGGGUUUGGACUGCAGGUUGCCAAGGGUAUGCAGUAUUUAGCACAGAAGAAAUUUGUGCACAGAGACCUGGCGGCACGAAACUGCAUGCUGGAUGAGACCUUCACUGUCAAGGUGGCAGACUUUGGCAUGGCACGUGACAUUUACGACAAAGAGUACUACAGUAUUCAAGACCACAAGGGGGCAAAGUUACCGGUCAAGUGGAUGGCCAUCGAGAGCUUGCAGACACAGAAGUUCACCAUCAAGUCAGACGUGUGGUCCUAUGGAGUGUUGGUGUGGGAGCUGCUGACGAGAGGAGCCAGUCCAUACCCAGAAGUGGACCCCUACGACAUCACACACUAUCUACUAAGGGGCCGUCGGCUACCGCAGCCGCAGUAUUGCCCUGAUACUCUCUAUUCCAUCAUGCUGGCGUGUUGGGACCCGGAGCCCGAACGCAGGCCGACGUUCCACAGCUUGGUCGCAGACGUGCAACACAUUCUGUCCAGUCUCACGGGAGAGCACUACAUCAACCUGAAGGUCAACUAUGUCAACUUAGACCAGUCCAGGGCUUACCCUCCUUUGACUGCGUCUGCGGACGAGGCCGAGGGCUCAGAGUCGGACACAAGCGGUCAAGAAGGCAGCUGAGGACCUCGAAAACUGCUAAGAACAAACAAUCCAGCUCUUCAGGAUUACAAAAGGAGACUUAUUGGGAGUUUAUUUAUCACGUGUUAGCGAGAUUGAAAGACACUGUAUGCGCAAGGGACUAAGGCUGGAUUUUCACUGGAUGGUUCAAGAGACACAAUUUUAUGCUCUCAAGUGGCACAGAGGGGAUAUGAGUCAUGGCAGCAUACAUAGAAAGUCAACACAGAAUCGGAUAUCUUCAGAUCAAAAUCCUCGUCUAAAUGUGGAUACGCUCAGACCAGAUACACCCCGUCAAUGUGAGCACAAUGAGCGUCGCAUAAAUGCCACCAAAAUAUGGUACAAAAAGUAUAGAAACUGAAAUAAUGAUGAUCACAUCUCAGUUUCAUAUAGUCAGUGUAAAAUCUGGGCCUAUUUAUUCGAACACAAAGCUGUUAUUCUCUUGUAGGAGUGACACAUCUAGUGGAAGAGCAUUUACGUUGUAAUUGUUCUACUUGUCACUAUCCGUAAUAAACUGGAAUGGACAGAUGAACAAAAUAGAUUGUUUGUCCUGAAUAAAUAAUAUUUGGAGUGAAAUUAGUUGUCGAUUCCAAUCCACAAAAGCAUUGACAGUAAGGUUUCCCUUAUUUGAAUCAAUGGGGGAUGUUGACCCCAGGCCAACUCAACAAAACAUGUUUAAUGUUUGUGCGCAUGUUGUAUUCUUUUUUACUUCCAUGUUGGCUCUUGUGGAGUUUCGUUUUAUGCAAUAUGUGUCAAAAUGAUCAUAUAUUCGCAUCAAAUUGAAAUUUGACUCUUGGAAAUGCAGUCCAAAUCCAGCCAGUGUUUGGUGGGACACUGUGCAAGUUCCACAUCCUGUUACAGCAAAUGAUCUUGAGCAAGACAGAGCUUGCAAUAAAACAUGAAAAAAAAAAGAGGAUGUGAAAUACAAGUGAGGCCAAAUGAAUGUAAACUUUAGUCUCGCCAUACAUGUUAAGUAAUUGGUGUGUGUUGGCAUGAAAUGAAUGCCAUUUAAACUCAGGGAACAACUUUUGUAGAUGUAAUUAAUCAUUUCUCUGAAUAUGCAUCAUGUCAAAUACAUUUGAAACCAGUGCAGUGGAUGAAGAUGAACUCUUAUCUAUAGUGGUGUGCCUUAAACAUUCUUUGGGGUCCACAAAAUCAUUUUCAAUAAAUAAACAUAUUUUUAAAAGUGCUUCUUUACAUAUGGGGACUGGUGGCCAAGAAAACAAACUCUUAAUAUAAUAAACAAAUAACUCUUCCCUGUCCAACUGAUUAUGACACGUCACAUAAAUCUCACAUUAUUGCAUUAAUACAGUUGUUUUUUUGUUAUUUUAGACCAACAUUUGUACUAUUACAGGAAUAAAGGCCCCUUUUUUCAAGAA